AUGGUCACUUCAAACCUCCUGUGAGAGGAUAAAGGUCGUCUGUACGUAAAUGUGACUGACUACUAUGUAACUGAAGUUCAAGGAAAAAACCAGGCUUUUAAUGAGAUAAUCUAAGUAUUAUCUCGAAAUUAUUGAUUUAUUUAAUAGAUAUUUAGAAAAUAAAAUGAAGAUUUGGACUUCAGAACAUACUUUCAACCAUCCGUGGGAGACGGUUGCACAAGCAGCAUGGCGAAAAUAUCCCAAUCCUAUGAAUCCAGCGGUUAUUGGAACAGAUGUAAUCGAAAGGAAGGUAGUCGAUGGAGUUUUGGUCACACACAGACUUGUCAGUUCUAAAUGGUUUUUUCCGAGAUGGGCGCAAGCACUCAUUGGAACUGCGAAAAUUUGCUAUGCCAGCGAAAAGUCAGAAGUAAACCCGAAUGAACGACAGAUGACUUUAAAAACCUCUAACUUGACAUUUUGCCGAUACAUUGCCGUUGAUGAGACUGUUCGGUACACCCCACAUCCUUCAGACACCUCCAAAACUCUAUUAACUCAAGAGGCUGUAGUCACAGUACAAGGCGUACCACUUAGUAGUUACAUGGAGGAUUUAUUAACCAACAAAAUAUCCCUGAAUGCUGGCAAAGGCCGCCAAGCUAUUGAAUGGGUCAUUGGCAAAAUAGACUCAGAAAUAAAAGAACUUGCGAGCACAGCCUGCAAGAGUACAGAUGAACUAUUAUCACAAACAAAGAAAUCUCUCGAUGACAUCACAUCUACAGCAAGGAGAUCAAUGGAUGACAUAUCAACAAAGGCCAAGAGGUCUCUUGAUGAUAUAGAAAAAUUCACCAAAGCCAAUGCAAAUCAAAGAAGCUGAAAAGAGGAGUGAUCAAACUGUUGUGCAACACAACGCAUGACCUGCACUAAAUGUCUAAUUAUAACUAUUAGUUAAUUUAUGUAUUGAUGUAAAAUGUAACUUAUUUAUUUUCUAAUAGUCAUAAUAGAAACUUUUAUUAGCAGAAAUAUGCUUGAUAGCUAAAGAUAAAGUGAAUUCAGAUAAAGAGUUAGUUAUCUAAAGUCAGUUUUGGCGUAUAAGAUAUCUGAUUAUGUUAUCAGCUGAAAUGAAGAUUGAUGACAUAAUGGUGAAAUUGCUAAUGUGCUAAAACUCUCUUUGAAUAAGGAUUGUACCUGCAUGUGUAUUGGGUUUCCAAGUAUGUAGAACAUCUUUUUGGAAUGAAUAUAAAUUACCUCAUAUGACAAUUUAACAUUGCAUCUAAAAGUAUGUGUUAUUGUGUAGCUUCAUAAUUAAUGAGUUAAAGAAACAUAAAUAAUUGUAGAGAAAAGAGUAAUGAUUUUAAGUAUUGUAGAUUAACAAAGAUGUCUAUAAAUAUAUAGCUUAAUUGGGUGUAUUAUUAGUAUUAAAAUCUGAUGUUUCACAAAAUAUUUGAAUUAUGUUACAAAAUUGUUGCAAAACUCUUUUAAUGACACUUUGUGAUAAAAGGUAAUUUAUUCAAGAGAAGUAUCAAGUUGGCAAGGUUGUUUGACUUUCAAAUGAAUGCCAAAAAUAGCCAGUGCAGUGAAGACUGAUACACUUUAUAUGUUUAUAUUUCACACUCGGCUAUGAUCAACUAUUCCCUAUUGGUUGUCAUUGAGCUAAUUGCAAAAGCAUUCCAAGUUAAUGUGUUUUAUUCCGUGUGAGUUGUUACUAGCCCUCAUUGGUGACCAAAAGGAAUAGAAGCAAAAUAAUUCAUUUCUUUUUUAAAUAUGUAUUCAACCCAACAUUUUGUAUUUUAGUAUUUUUUGUUACUUCUGUGAUUGCUACAAAGAUUUCUAUGAAUUGCUGUGGUUUCAAAUUAAUGUUAUUCAAAUAGUUUUCCAUGGAGAAAUGAGUAAUAAAAUCCCAUUAGAAAUAAUAAAUAAUCUUAAUGUUACCUAUAAAUUGUAUACCAAAUUGACUCCACACUCUUGGUAUUAAAUUAAAACUCAUUUUUCAGCAUUCAGUA